CAGGUAUAGUGUUAGGAUACUACGCAUUGAAUCUGCUAUAUUGAUGCCUGUGCCUCCGAUCGUAGGUGUCCGUGCACGGCAGCGCUUGUGCCAGAUGCGGGGUUUUGACGCGCCCCCAUCCACCGGGUCGGUGGCAACCUUCCAUGACCAGGUCUGAAGGGAAUUUUCCACCAUCCCCGCCCGGCCCUCGAACUAUUUUGCCAGUAGUAUAUUAUGCGAUAAUUCAUCUGGAGGCACGAACUAGCCAUGGACCAGGACACGGAAGUGAAUCGGCGGGGAUUGAGGAGAAGUCGGGUUGGGUGCCUGAGUUGUAAGAGCAAGAGGCGAAAGUGCGACGAAGUGAGACCCGCAUGUGGUCGGUGCAGCAGCAAGGGAAUCCGGUGCGAGUGGAGCUCCCACCUCAUUUUUCGAACAGAAAAUCCUUUAAGCCUCGAAGCUAAGCAGCAAUCAAAACAACAAAAAGCUCGCUCGGGAUGCAAGCCUCCACGCUUCCGGAUUAAGGAUGUCACAGCCGAGGUAGUUCGUAAUUACCAGCACUCGGGCACCACGGAUCCCCCAACCGGGCUUGGUGAUGCUCCGUCCUCUUCGGACUCCCCCUCCACGCUCGAAGAGGAUGAUCUUCGAUCCCGACACGGCGCAUUGUGGGAGAUGGACGUGGGAUCUACAGAGAUCACCGCUAGCCCUGCUCACGCCCAGCGAUACGGGUUGGAAAACCCAGUCUCUGGAGUCGAAAUGGUCAACCUCUCUCAUGCUUUAUCCAAUCCUGUGGAUAGCGAAUCCAUGUGGCAGAGUUCGGCCACAUAUGACUUCGUCGACGACAGUAUUUUUCUUCCAGGUUCGGCUUACCUCAACGCUCACUCAACAUACCGAAGUCAUCUUAUACACGAAGUUAGAUCCACUGCACCUUCUCGUCAAGCGACUCCCGAGCACUAUGGAGAAGAGGAGGCUUCGUCCACAUCAUCGUCAAAAUUGGGCGAUGUUGUCAAUGAGGUCAUGCCAUCCUCAGUGUCCUUGGAUAACCCUCAGCUUGUGGAUUCGAACUUCGAUAACUCGGUUGCGUUUAGCUUGUUGGAUGAAGAGGAGUCUUUAUUGUGGAGAAAUUGGCUUGACGAAAUCGCACCAUGGCUAGACAAGUUCGACAGUGAGCAACACUUCCAACUUACGCUUCCCAUACUGGCACGCUCGCAUGAUCACUUGCGAUACUCCAUCCUUGCGGUGUCCGCACGCCAACUUGAGCGAAAGCAACGAAGCAGUCAUACAGAGCGCAGUCUUGCUCUGUAUCAAAAGGCCAUCCAGCUUGUGCUUCCGCAGCUAUACACGCGUAGCACAGCCAUCAUUGCAUCUUGCGUCGUCCUUUGCGUCCUCGAGAUGUUGAGCAGUUCACCCAAAGCCUGGCGCCAGCAUCUCGACGGCUGUGCUUACCUUAUUGAGGCUAUUGGGAUCAAUGGAUUUUCUGGUGGCGUUGACCAAGCGUUGUUCUGGUGCUUCGCUAGGAUGGACGUGUGUGGAGGGCUCAUUGCCUCAAUGAAGCCACUCAUCUGCGUUGAACACUGGACUUCUGCCGAUGAUAUGGAGGCGGAUAUCGAGCUUUUCAGAGCAAGAGAUGGAUUCAAUGCGUUUGCAUGCCACGCGGUCUACAUGUGCGCUCGCGUACUUGACUUCCUUUCUUUCCAUACAAACAUUACCGAGCGCGUAGGGCCGUCGCUAUCUGUGACAGGAGAGGCUUGCAGAGAGUAUGCUGUCCGCUGGACACAAAUAUGGCACUAUAUGGAUGACUGGUACGAAAGACGACCGGCAGAGAUGCUCCCUGUCUUCUCCAUCGCCCCAAGCACGAAGCCUUUUCCAGAGAUUCUGUACAGCAAUCCUGCUGCCAUUUCCGGGAACCAGAUCUACCACACCGCUGCAAUAUUAAUGUUACGACAUAAACCGCCUGGUGUUGUCGUCGCACCUAAGCCACACUCCAUCUUCUGGCACGCGCGCCAAAUCUGCGGAAUCUCAACAAGCAACCAUCAUCACGGGGCUUGGACAAAUGCUGUGCAGCCACUGUGGAUUGCUGGUCAGUGGAUGAGUCACAAGAGCGAGCAGAAAGCAAUCUUAGCGUUACUAGAAAAGAUUGAAAUCGAAACAGGCUGGGGAACAAAGUGGAGAGCUGAUGAUUUAAAAGAAUUCUGGGGAUAUGAGUAAAAACGAAGCAACAGCAAGAAACAAAAGCUUUUGCUGUAGUGUAAUCUAUGUAAUAGAAAAGGUAGCCUCUUUUUUGCGCGUAAUGUCUCCGAUUGCCCUCUCUGAGAGAAACCCUUGGUAACUGUUCACUAUAGCCUUCCUUAGCUUUAUUUUGAUAUAUAAGCACUAUACUAUAGCAGCCCAC